CUUUGGACAUAACCCCUAUAUAACAUUCCAACUAGUAGUUCCGUUAUGUUGAGGAAGAUUCGUAGUUUUUCAACCUGUAACAACGGAAUUUGAUUUUCAGACUCAAUAAAUAUUUAUUUAAUUUUUAUAAAAUGCACAAAAAGACAGGUCGAUCUGUCGUGGAUAGUGUGACCAAAGAAGAUGUUAUCCAAGCUGUUUUAAUUGCUGAUUCCUAUAAUGAUGAUCUUUUCCCAGCAUAUCCAGUCCCAUGCCUCCUACCUAUUGUAAAUCUUCCUCUUUUGGAUUACACUUUACAAUGUUUGUCUUCAGCCCAUGUUCAAGAAGUCAUUAUUUUCUGUUCUGCCCAUGCAGACAGUUUAAAAGAAUAUUUAAAAGGCAAAUGUUGGGGACGAAUGUCUAUAAAUGUUGUUGUCUCAGAUGGCUGUAGAUCAUUAGGUGAUGCUAUGAGAGAUCUUGAUUCUAAAGCAUUGAUUAGAGGUGAUUUUAUUUUGUUAACUGGAAAUCUAAUAGGAAAUUUGAAAGUGUUACCAGCUCUUGAAAAACACAAAAAGAUUCAGAAAACAGACAAAGGGCUUGCUAUGACUCUGUUAUACAAAGAAUGUGGUAAAAAAUCAAGGACAGAAGAUGAUGAAGUUUUUUUAGCCAUUGACAAAAAUACAAGUCAGUUAUUAUUACAUCAGAGAUGUUCAAGAGAAGCUUCGAAAAUCAACUUACCUGUUGAGAAGUUAUUGGAGCACAAAUCAAUGGAUAUAAGGUGUGAUCUAAUGGAUACUAGGGUUGCCAUAUGUUCCUUAUCAGUACCUCCACUCUUCUCUGAUAAUUUUGAUUAUCAAACCAGAGAUGACUUUGUUCGUGGUCUGUUAAUGGAUGAAGAGAUUUUAGCAAGCUCAGUUUAUACUUAUAUUCUGCCUCCUACAGAAUAUGCCGCAAGUGUUACGUCCUGGCAAAAUUAUCAUUCUAUAAGCCAUGAUAUAAUCCAUAGGUGGACUUAUCCAUUGGUUCCCGAUAUGUUUCUUGACCAAUACUACUCAUACAGACGGAAUAAUAUUUAUGUACAGGAUAAUGUCACAUUAGCACAGGGCUGUUCUCUAGUUGAAGAUGUUGUGAUAGGUGGAGAGAGUGAUGUUGGCGAAAAUACUGUUAUUCAGUCUUCUAUUAUUGGAAAAAAUUGUAAAAUAUCUGAAAAAUCAUCAAUUAUAAAUUCCCACAUAUUGAACCGAGUUACUAUUGAGAAAGGAUGCAAAAUAGAUUACUGUGUUAUUGGUGAAGGGUGUAUCAUUAGAAAUGGCGCACAAUUGACCUCUUGUAUUAUCGGGCCUGGUGUUGUGAUUGGUCGAGACAAAGUUGUUGAAAAUAUGAGACUCCAGUCUGAGAGACCUUUAGGAGAAGAUGAAAAGGAAAAUUAUGGUCCUAAAGCUUUCGUUUACCAGAGUGAAGAAACAGAAGCAGGAUCGGAUUCGGACUCAGACAUUUAUCCUAUUGCUAAGAAAUACUAUGGAUUAAAAUUAGAAGCUAGAGCUGAUGAUAGUGACACUUGUUCAGAAAGUGAAGGACACAUUUCUGAUAAGGAAUCCCUUCUUCAAGAAGAUACAAAUGUUUUCUUCAGUGAAGUGGUCGAUUCCCUUCUUCGUGGAUAUGAAGACAAACUACCUUGUGAUAAUCUAGUUUUGGAAGUAAAUUCAUCAAGAUAUGCGUAUAAUGUUACUUUGAAUGAAGUAAACUAUUAUGUUGUCCGCGCAAUUCUAACUCUGCAAGAUGAAUUCAAAUGGGAUGGGAUUGCAGCUAAAUUAAAAUAUUUUAUGCCACUACUUGUAAAUUAUAUACGCAAUGAAGAGGCAAUGCUGGAUAGUUUAAAUGCCAUAGAGGAUGUAGCUGAAGUUCACAGUGAUUUUGAAGCUGUUAGCUUAAAGUUAAUCCAUUUAUUAUACAAUAAAGAUAUUCUUAGUGAAGAUGCCAUCUUGAAGUGGUACAAUGAACCUAGGAUGGAAAAUGAAGAAAGUAAACGACUCCGGAAAGUGGUUGAGCCAUUUAUUAAAUGGUUAAAAGAAGCAGACGAUGAAGAAUCAGAAUCAGAGUAAAAAUAUAUCUGAUUUUUGUUAUUUUUUAAAAAAUAAACACAAAAGACAACCA